UUCUGUCUACAACACAGACUUCCAUACAACGAUCUGUUGCCAACAACGCAUUUUUCUCUCCGCUGUCAAAAACCGAGUCGCGAUGAGUGCUACACUUUCUGUCCGUGGAGCCAAAGCUGAUAAAGUCGGCUCAGAAGAAGCUGAGAUCUGGAAUGUCCUUUCCAACCUCUACAACUCCGAAUCCAAUCCUGAUGGCUACAUAUCUCUUGGAGUAGCCGAAAAUGCGCUUGGCCACCAGGAGAUGAGAGAUUUCAUCAACUCAAAGAAACUCAUUGAUCCCGCAGCCAGGGCACUGACUUAUGGAGAUGGACCUUCUGGAUCCAAGCCCGUGCGAAAAGCGCUGGCUUCUUUCUUUAAUGACUAUUUCCAACCUGCAAAACCGGUACAUAUGGACAAUAUCAUGGUCACCAACGGUGUAACGAGCGCAAUCGAGCAUACCGCUUGGGCGCUGGCGAAUCCAGGUGACGGAAUCUUGUUGGGCCGCCCAUAUUACCGCGCUUUCCUUCCUGACAUUAGUCACCGGACUGGCGUGAAAGUCGUUCGUGUUGCCCAUGGAAAACUCGAUCCCUUGGGUCCGGAGUGCGUAGCAAAGUACGAAGAAGCACUUCUCGAAUCCAGAGCGAAGGGUGUCGAAGUUCCAGCGUUGAUGCUGUGUCAUCCGCAUAACCCGCUCGGACGCUGCUACUCUACGGAGACGAUCAUCGCGCUGAUGAAGUUCUGCCAGAAGUACAAGAUUCAUCUGAUCAGCGAUGAAAUUUAUGCUCUCUCCAUCUUCCCAAACACGGCGUAUAAGUUGGACAAGGAACCGAUUGGUUUCAACUCCGUUCUCUCCAUCGACACCUCCGGCAUCAUUGAUCCGGAGCUCGUCCACGUCCUCUGGGGCAUAUCCAAGGACUUCGGGGGCAACGGCAUCCGUCUUGGAGUCAUUCUAUCGCAGUCCAACAAUUCCUUCCUCACGGCGUGCAGAACCGCCUCGCUGAACUCCGUCGCCUCGUCCCUGGCCGAGAACGCCGUCGUGGAAAUCCUGAACGACAGGACCUUCCUCAACUCAUAUAUCGAGAAGAACAGGCAGCGACUCUCGGAAGCGCACGCCUACGCCAUCAAAGUCUUGAAAUCCUACUCCAUCCCCUACGAGCCCGGCGUCAACGCCGCUUUCUUCCUGUGGGUCAAUCUCGGGACAAUGUACGCAGAGCGACAUCCAGAGGUUCGCGAUGCCGAAGACCCGCACGCCAUCACUUCCAUUAUUUUCAAGAAGUUGAUGGAGAAGAAGGUAUUUCUCGUUCACGGCGAGGCGGCGGGAGCGGAGGAGCCGGGAUGGUUCCGUAUGGUGUUUACGCAGCCGAAGGGCUUGAUUGAGGAGGGCAUUAGGAGGAUUUCUGAGGCGAUCAAUGAUCCAUAGCGUGGAGCUGUUUACGCAUUCAAUAGAGGGAUACAUGUUAACUUGGCGUUGUUGCACGGAGAUGUGCUUGAUACGCCGUUCCGAAUUGCCCCUCGGGGCUGCCAAACGCAUAUGGCUGUCAUUGGACGCAGUGCAAGCGUGGAAUCGUCAAUGGUCAGAAUCCCGCGUUAGACACAACCAUCCACAUCAUC